AUGGCUGAUAAGUACUACAACAACACGUGCAAGGAAGGGCACGAACUACAACUCAAGUCUACAAGAGAUGACAACCAUAGUUUCAACUACUUCUUCGAGUGCGAUGGCUGCAAAGAAGAGGGCUUUGGCUCUCGCUACUGUUGCUAUAGUACCGGUACCUGCAAAUACGACCUCCAUGAGAAAUGCCGCAACCCUUCACUCACCAUCCAAAACCCCCCUCAUUUCCCCGGCCGCAACUUCUAUUUCCUCCAACUCCCGUCCGCCAGUUCCCAGUCCAGCUUCUGCGUUGCCUGCGGAAAACAGAUCAGUGGCUUCCUUUACCGUUCCGAAUACAUGAGUGGCUUGGACCUCCACCCUUGCUGCUUGACCAAUCUGCCUCUCAACAUCAGCUUCGCCGGUGCAAAUUUCAACCUAAAGUAUUAUGUCGUUGGAGGAAGCGAAGCUUGUUUUCGUUGCCACAAAACUACUUUAUAUGUGCCUGGGACAAACAUACAGGGGCCGGGGGGGUGGUCUUACGAGUCUGCGUGCAGGGCUUAUUGGUGUCACGUUUAUUGUAUGGGAGAGUUCAGGAUGGACAUAAUUCGUGACAUCCUGCUGCUAAUGGAGAAGGAGGGGGUUAGUUGGUCGAAGAACAAUCUGCGGCGAAUUGCGCUGAAAUUGCUGUCUGCUGCAAAUACUGUGGCGGGAGCUAUCUUGGGUCAGUUGGGUGAUCCCACAGAUGCUUUAUUAGAAAUGACAGGAUCAGGAUGA